AUGGGCACAAGUAGACGGUGGAACGAGGAUGGGGAGGCCGGUGGCCGGUGGCCGGAAGCCGUCACACAGCCACAGGAAAAGAAGGCGGCAGACCGACAUGGCAACACGUCUGACGACGACGACGACGACGACGACGACGACGACGACGCACGCCCAGAGCCCAAAAAACAGCAAUGCUAUACCUACUCUAUACGCUCAAUCGAUACGCCCGACGACUUCCUUUUGAAGGAACAACUCCCCUCUUGCCUUGAACGACAACGCAAACAUGGUCCAGCUAUCGACAGUCCUCUACGGUGCCUUGUUGGCUCCGCAAGCCAUGGCCCAAGAGACCACCAGAAUCGCUGUCUGGGACUCAAGAAACUUAGUUCUCAUCACAAAACUAGCUCAAUUACUGACAUAGAUUUGGAGAACUGGCACCCAAAUAUUUUGCGCACACUCCACGUCGUGGACGUUCGACCACCCGGCGCAGGCCUUAAAGACACGAUGUCGGACAACAUGCUCUUCUCGGCAAAAUGUGCCAUUACAUUUCCAUGGUUCAAUAGUCUGCCAUCCGCGUUGGGCUACCGGUAUACCCAGCGCAGUGAUUCUCCAUUCCUCCAUUCCUCGCCCCACAGCCCACCCCUCCCCCAUCCCCACUCCCAGCCUCCACAGCAACCGCAACUGCAGCGAGCAAACAAGCCGUCAGCAGCCCCAUGUGGACGUACACAAAUUGCAUUUUGGCACGUCUCAUCCGCAUGGCAUUUCUCAGGUGAACAAGUUCCGAUGGCGUCGCAAGACAAUGGGCUUGCUAGUGUUACUGCAUCCAGACGUUGA